AUGUUUGAACGUAUUUCUGGCGGCCGCCACAAGAAAAUUAGAAGCCGCCUGAUUUUGAUGUCAAGCUCGAGGGAAGCAAUCAGAUCUGACAAGACUUGGCUCAGUGACUCGCUUCUUGUCUUUGCAUUUUGUCCAAUCAGAAAGGACUUGCCAGUGACGUCAGGAAAUGCAGCGACUAUAAAUGGGCUGGCACCCCUCAAGCUGCCGCCAGUGCCCUUCCUUCUGAGCUGUCGGGAAGGCGAGCCCAACAUGGCUGAACCUGGCUGUGAGACCUCUUCUGAGGAAAGCCUCGGCACCGAGGAGACCACGGCAGCGGACUGGAAGAGCCCGAAUCAAAAGCAGCCGAGGCGCAGAGGCCGCCGCGGUGGCCGCCACUGCCGCCGCUUUGUCCAUCUCCGCCGCCGCCACCGCAGCCCGGACAGUUUCGCCACCUACUUCCCCAGGGUUCUGAAGCAUGUUCACGAGGGCCUGAGCCUCUCGCAGGAGGCCGAGAGCGUCAUGGAUUCGUUCGUCAAGGACAUCUUUGAGUGCAUCGCCGAGGAGUCCUCUCGCCUUGCCCGCUUCACCAAGCGCUCCACCAUCACCACCAGGGAGAUCCAGACAGCCGUGCGCCUAGUGCUGCCCGGGGAGAUUGGCAAGCACACCAUGUCCGAGGCCACCAAGGCCAUCAUCAGGUUCACCUUCCACCAAUGA